AUGGCCGUCAAGUCUGUCGCUAACUGCAUAUUCUGCAAGAUCAUAAAGGGAGACAUCCCCAGUUUCAAGUUCAUUGAAACCGAGACCACGUUCUCCUUCCUUGACGUAGGCCCUUUGUCCAAAGGUCAUGCAUUGGUCAUUCCCAAGUACCAUGCAGCGAAGAUGCACGAGCUACCAGAUGAAUACCUCGCGGAUACACUUUUUACAGCUAAGAAGAUCGCUGCAGCAAUUGGUGCGGAGAACUACAACGUCCUUCAGAACAAUGGCCGCAUUGCCCACCAGGAAGUAGAUCAUGUCCACUUCCAUAUCAUCCCCAAACCAUCUGCUUCGGACGAUGAGGGGCUGGUUAUCGGAUGGCCAAGCAAGAAGGCGGAUAUGGAGGAACUCAAGAAGCUGCACGAAGAACUUAGGAACAAGCUUUGA